AUUGGUCAGAUCAGAUCUUGAUUAAAUAGUUUACUUUUGUUAUUGUUAUAAGAGGUUAUUGAGAAAGAAAUGGAUAUUCAAAAUGUUAAAGAAGAAAUUGAUAACCGCGAUGAUAUCCUAUCGAAUAUUGAUGUGAAACAAGAAUUAGUUGACGAAUUAUCUGUGUUUAACAUUCGAAAUAUAAAUGUACAUUCAAUCAAACAAGAAAUAAAUGAUAACUUGAAAACAGUUGGAAUAUUUAAUCAUCAUGUAAAUGCAGUUUCAAACAUUUUUAGUACACAAACUACCAUUAAAAACACACUGAAGUAUACAAAAAUUUAUCGUGGAAAGCGAACUAAAGCAAAAGUUACAGGACUGCUAAGGAGGGGAAAAUAUAUUCAACCAAAUGCUUUGGGGUUAAUGAUAUGUGUGUUUUGUGGGAAUUUAUAUACGAAAAGAGUUGAAUUUUUAUGUCAUAUUUCAAUAAAUCAUUGUAUAAAACGAAAUAAGAUUAAAUUACACCAAAAAAACGAUAAAUGUAUUCCUGGAAACUUUGUAAAUGUAAAAGAUGAAUUAGAAUUAGUUGAACAUAAAGUGAAAGUGGAAGCCACGACUCAGUUUAAUGUCACUGAUAACUUGAGCUCACAAAUACAUGAGGGUGUGAAAUCAUUUGUAGAUGGUGGUAGUUCAAAUAUACAUUUGGAUAGUGGUAUAGAAUCAGAGCCCUUACAUUGUGUUAUUUGUUUGAGAUCUUUUACUUGUAAAAGAAAUUUAAACAGUCAUUUGCGUAUUCACACUGGAGAAAAGCCAUUCAAAUGUGACUUUUGUGAAAAAACUUUUUUAAGAAAGAACAAUUUGAAUAGGCAUUUGUAUAAUCACACUGGUGAAAAGCCAUUCAAAUGUUAUGUUUGUAUGAAAGUAUUUGUACGUAAAUCUAGUUUGAACAAACAUUUUCUUAACCACACUGGGGAAAAGCCUUUCAAAUGUGAUGUUUGUUUGAAACCGUUUUCCUAUAAACACAACUUAAUUCUACAUAAACGCAGACACACAGGAGAAAAGCUAUUCAAGUGUGAUAUUUGUUCGAAAUAUUUUGUUUGUAAAAAUAGUUUGAACAAACAUUUUCGUUGUCACACAGGGACGAAACCAUUCAAAUGUGACAUUUGUUCGAAAUCAUUUUCCUAUAGAAAUGGUUUAAUGACACAUCUACGUAUUCACACAGGGGAAAAGCCAUUCAAAUGCGACAUUUGUUUGAAAACUUUUACACAGAAAAAUAAUUUGAAUACGCAUAUGCGUAGACACACUGGAGAAAAGCCGUUCAAGUGUGACGUUUGUUUGAAAACUUUUUCACAGAACGCUAGUUUAAUUUCACAUUCACGUAUACACACAGGAGAGAAGCCUUUUAAAUGUGACAUAUGCUCAGAAACGUUCUUACAUAAAAUUCAAAUGACCACACAUUUACAAACCCAUUUUGGGGAAAAACCAUUCAAAUGCGAUAUCUGUGAAAAAACUUUUUCACAAAAAAAUAAUUUAAAUAGACAUUUAUAUAGUCACACCGGAGAAAAGCGAUUCAAAUGUGACGUUUGUCAAAAAAGUUUUUCAAGGAAAAACAGUUUGAAUAAACAUUCGUUUAGUCACAUAGGUGAAGAGCAGUUCAAAUGUGACGUUUGAAACCUUUCAGACAGAAAAUACAAUUGACUACACAUUCACACACUCAUGUUAUAGAAAACCCAUAUUAAUGAAAUUGUUUUCAUAAAAAAUAUACAUCCAUAGAAAAAAAAACUCAAA